UUGAGAUAUGUUUGUGGUUCUUAAUUUGGUGAAUGAGGCAUAACAUCUGUGAUCAGGGAAGUUAAGUCGUUGGUACCCGGUUCAUGAGUUGGAUGUGUCGAUAGGUAGGAUCCAGUUGUGGGAGCUGCCUCCCUGGCGCCGUUAGCAUUGGUGCUCAGCACGGAAAACAAGGUCGACGGAAAACAAAUCAAGAAAAAAACAUUUGGUGAACAAAAUUGUGCUCAGAAGAAAUCAAAUUAGUGGAAAUAACGAAGCGUUUCAGUGUAUAGUGAAACUAAGUAGUACCACAGUGCUCCAUAAACCACUGCAAAAGGAAGUGAUCGGUCAGACGUUUAUCCCUUAACCAUUGCUUACGGAUUACCUUCGUGACUUGGCGGAAAGUACCUUGAGAGUACCACAGUGCUCCAUAAACCGUUGCAAAAGGAAGUGAUCGGUCAGACGUUUAUCCCUUAACCAUUGCUUACUGAUUACCUUCGUGACUUGGCGGAAAGUACCAUCAGUUGAUUCAAAAUGCUGAACCUAAUACAACACGGAACAUAUGAAAGAAGAAGCAGAACAGGCUACCACGGUGAAGUAUACCAAAAACAAAUUUCAAUCGCGCUUUUUCUACGGAUGCAGAGAAACAGUUUCAGAUUGGCAUAUGAAAUGACACUAGCCGAUAAGUAUGAUGACGUAGUGAUCUUUGACGAUAAGCGUAAGGUGAUACACUUCCUCCAGGUGAAGCACGCCCUUGCCAGAGAUGACAAGGUAAACGAUAUCGAUUUGAAUGCACUAAAAGAUCAACACAACGGAGACUUCAGUAUUCACAAAUACCUGGAAUCCUAUCUGAAAGUUGUUGAAAAUUUUCAGAAAGACCAAUACGAAAAGCAGUUCUAUAUAUUUACUAAUAGGGAUUUAAAAAUAUCCGAUGAUGAUUGGGUGACGACUAAAGAGGUAGAAGUAGAUGAAAUCCUACGAUUUCCUGGAUCCAAGGCCCGAUACCUGAAACUGGUUCCAACCAAAGAAGCGAUUAGGGAGUUGAGCGAUUUUAUCAACAAAGAUUUCGCAAACCUUAAAGAGGCAAUCAAAGAGCUUUUCAACAAUGGAACCGCAAUGGAAGAGCAACAAAACAACAAGAAAACCGUCAGUAAAAUUUUAGAAACCUAUAGUACUCCUCUGAAAGACGUUUUAACAAUAAAAAAAAAGGAAUGCAGUUUUUUAGAUAGCUUCAACUCGGAGAGCGAGCAAUUCAAUGUUGCCCAGCUAUUUAAUGCUCUAGAAAAAGAUAAGUUUGAUAUGAAGAAGACAGUAACAGUGAAUAACUUUUUACUCAAAAAUUCAAGGGUGAAACAUUUGCCACGUUAUGUUAGUGAGGAGGAAAUUUUGCCAUUCUUCGACGACUUUUCUCUAUUAGUGGGUCAACCAUAUGAUUUAUACCCAAUUAUUGAAAGCGAGCUGUGGACGUGGUGUGUGACGUGGAUCUGUCCUGAUAUACUCAGAAAACUGAGUAACAUCGAUCUGAUAUUUAGAGAUCUAGAAUUAAAAUUUGACCAACUCAAUAAACGGAAAAAGAAUAAAAUGAAGGCAAUUUUGAAACAAAGUGAUAUACUAAACUGUCUUAAUGAAAUUAGAAAUGAUAACGAGAACCUUGAAGGUAAGGAAGCAAAACAAUUGCAAAAAUAUUACAUCAAUCGCCGUAUUAUAUACACAUAUAGUGAACCGAUCAAUUGCGAAGAUGUCUAUGAAGUUGAGAAAACAGGUAUGAAAGAAAACAUUGAGGAACUUUCACGACAGAUGAGUGACACUCAGUUUGUUGAAGAGCUUGGGAAAACAUUUGAAGACCAUCAGAUCAUCGUACUUCUGGCAGACCCUGGAAUAGGGAAGACAAGCUUGCUUCAGUUUGUAGCGUUUGAAGUGCAGAAGCAAAAUACUGUCCUCGUACUGUUGGUAUACUUGAGCGAGUUGGUGAUGGAGCUCGAAAAAGUAGAACACAUUUCAAGCUUGGAUGAUGUGCUUAAUGUACUCAAAGUGAUCCUUUCGGAGCGAUAUUUCGAUGUCAUUAAAAAUGCCCCAGAUGAAAGGGAUGGCCGAGGAUAUUCCAUUCUUAUAGAGAUGGAUGGCUUCGACGAGAUCCACUCCAAGUACACCAACAGGGUGAUUGAGAUGCUGGAACAACUCAAGUUGAAAAAGAGCAUUCGAAUCAUCAUCAGCGCCAGAAAACAUAUGCAAUUAUCAUUAGAGAAACAAUUUAAUGUAAGAUCUAUGAUUCUGGAGCCGUUCUGUGUGGAAGAGCAAAUCAACUAUUUGAGAAAGAUGUGGUACGACCCAGAUCUAGAUGAACAUUGCUUUGAUAGCUACUCGAAACAUAUUUUAAACAAAUUUAAAUCAAAUAUCCCUUCAAAUUUUGGUGAAAUUUGUGGCGCGCCUCUCAUGGUAAAUAUGCUGGGGGAGGUUUUUUUAGAAAAUUUUAAAAAUUACCAUUCAUUGAAGAAACAGAACACAAAUCAGUUCAUUGAUCUGACUAAAGAAAAAAUGAAUAUUACACAGCUGUACAAACAGUUUGUAAGAAAAUGUUUUCACAAGAAAUUUAUGGAAAAAUUCAAGCCCAAAUAUGCUCUGAGCUCCGCUGAUUUGGAUUCGUUGAUGGGUGAUUUUAUUUUGAAGCAUCAGUUGUUAGCUAUGGAGCUGCUAAACAUUGGAGUACGUAAGGAAUUGUUCAAAAAUCAAUAUUAUAGAGAAAUACACGGUCAAUUUAAAAAACGAUGCGAACAUGAAUCAGAUACAUCACAACUGGUUCAUGUAGUCCAACAGAAGGUUAAUUUUUGCCAUCGGUCUUACAGUGAAUACUUUGUGGCAACAUAUCUGUGCGAAAACAUUUUUACGUUUUCAGCCAAAAUGGUCAUACGCAUUUUGUCUAAUCAUUAUGUUGUUCGAAGAUUGUCUAUGAACAAGAUGGAAGGAAACCAGGCAUACCUCACGAUCUUAAGUAAUCUGUGUAAAAAAAGCUGGAGAGUUGCACUGUGGGCAUGUGAGUGUGACUGUUUGAGUAUCAUUUCCUCUUUUGAACCAAAUUUUAAAUCAUUCUCAACAAAAAACCUAACAGCUAUGUUACUGGUUGCUGCGCAAGGUGGGUUCGUUGAAAUAUGUGAAUUCUUAUUAAAGAAUAAAGCUGACGUGAAUUCAGUGGAUGAUGAACAAAUGACUGCUCUUCAUUUCGCAGCUCAAAAUGGACAUAAGAACGUUGCAGAGCUCUUGAUAUCAAACAAUGCUGACGUGAAUGCAGUGGAAGAAUAUGGAUGGACUGCUCUUCAUUUAGCAGCUCAAGAUGGAAAUAAGAACGUUGCAGAGCUCUUGAUAUCAAACAAUGCUGACGUGAAUGCAGUGGAUAAAAAACAAUGGACUGCUCUUCAUUUAGCAGCUGAAAAUGGUCAUAAGAACGUUGCAGAACUCUUGAUAUCAAACAAUGCUGACGUGAAUGCAGUGCAAAAAUAUGGAUGGACUGCUCUUCAUUUCGCAGCUCGAGAUGGAAAUAAAAACGUUGCAGAACUCUUGAUAUCAAACAAUGCUGACGUGAAUGCAGUGAAAGACGAUAGAUGGACUGCUCUUCAUUACGCAGCUCAAAAUGGACACGAUCAGUUGAUCCAACUGUUGAUUAAAAAAAAAGCCACUGUUAACAUUUUUUCAAAUACCGGUAAAACUCCACUUCAUAUCGCAGCACUCAAUGGUCAUAAGAACGCUGCAGAACUCUUGAUAUCAAACAAUGCUGACGUGAAUGCAGUGGAAGAAGAUGGAUGCUCUGCUCUUCAUUUAGCAGCUCAAAAUGGACACGAUCAGUUGAUCCAACUGUUGAUUGAAAAACUAGCCACUGUUAACAUUUAUUCAAUAACUGGUAGAACUCCACUUCAUAUCGCAGCUCAAAAUGGUCAUAAGAACGUUGCAGAGCUCUUGAUAUCAAACAAUGCUGACGUGAAUGCAGUGGAUAAAAAACAAUGCACUGCUCUUCAUUCAGCAGCUGAAAAUGGUCAUAAGAACGCUGCAGAACUCUUGAUAUCAAACAAUGCUGACGUGAAUGCAGUGUUUGAAGGUGGAUGGACUGCUCUUCAUUUAGCAGCUCAAAAUGGACACGAUCAGUUGAUCCAACUGUUGAUUGAAAAACUAGCCACUGUUAACAUUUAUUCAAUAACUGGUAGAACUCCACUUCAUAUCGCAGCUCAAAAUGGUCAUAAGAACGUUGCAGAGCUCUUGAUAUCAAACAAUGCUGACGUGAAUGCAGUGGAUAAAAAACAAUGCACUGCUCUUCAUUCAGCAGCUGAAAAUGGUCAUAAGAACGCUGCAGAACUCUUGAUAUCAAACAAUGCUGACGUGAAUGCAGUGUUUGAAGGUGGAUGGACUGCUCUUCAUUUAGCAGCUCAAAAUGGACACGAUCAGUUGAUCCAACUGUUGAUUGAAAAACUAGCCACUGUUAACAUUUGUACAAAUACCGGUAAAACUCCACUUCAUAUCGCAGCACUCAAAGGUCAUAAGAAUGCUGCAGAACUCUUGAUAUCAAACAAUGCUGACGUUAAUGCAGUGUUUGAAUAUGGAUGGACUGCUCUUCAUUUAGCAGCUAAAAAUGGAUACGAUCAGUUGAUGCAACUGUUGAUUGAAAAAAAAGCCACUGUUAACAUUUUUUCAAAUACCGGUAAAACUCCACUUCAUAUCGCAGCACUCAAUGGUCAUAAGAACGCUGCAGAACUCUUGAUAUCAAACAAUGCUGACGUGAAUGCAGUGAAAGAAGAUGGAUGGACUGCUCUUCAUUUAGCAGCGCAAAAUGGACACGAUCAGUUGAUCCAACUGUUGAUUAAAAAAAAAGCCACUGUUAACAUUUUUUCAAAUACCGGUAAAACUCCACUUCAUAUCGCAGCACUCAAUGGUCAUAAGAACGCUGCAGAACUCUUGAUAUCAAACAAUGCUGACGUGAAUGCAGUGGAUAAAAAACAAUGCACUGCUCUUCAUUCAGCAGCUGAAAAUGGUCAUAAGAACGCUGCAGAACUCUUGAUAUCAAACAAUGCUGACGUGAAUGCAGUGUUUGAAGGUGGAUGGACUGCUCUUCAUUUAGCAGCUCAAAAUGGCCAUAAGAACGUUGCAGAACUCUUGAUAUCAAACAAUGCUGACGUGAAUGCAGUGUUUGAAGGUGGAUGGACUGCUCUUCAUUUAGCAGCUCAAAAUGGCCAUAAGAACGUUGCAGAACUCUUGAUAUCAAACAAUGCUGACGUUAAUGCAGUGUUUGAAGAUGGAUGGACUGCUCUUCAUUUAGCAGCUCAAAAUGGACACGAUCAGUUGAUGCAACUGUUGAUUGAAAAAAAAGCCACUGUUAACAUUUGUUCAAAUACCGGUAGAACUCCACUUCAUAUCGCAGCAUUCCAUGGUCAAAAGAACGCUGCAGAACUCUUGAUAUCAAACAAUGCUGACGUGAAUGCAGUGGAAGAAAAACAAUGCACUGCUCUUCAUUUAGCAGCUGAAAAUGGUCAUAAGAACGCUGCAGAACUCUUGAUAUCAAACAAUGCUGACGUGAAUGCAGUGAAUGAAUAUGGACGGACUGCUCUUCAUUUAGCAGCUCAAAAUGGACACGAUCAGUUGAUGCAACUGUUGAUUGAAAAAAAAGCCACUGUUAACAUUUGUUCAAAUACCGGUAUAACUCCACUUCAUAUCGCAGCACUCAAAGGUCAUGAGAACGUUGCAGAGCUCUUGAUAUCAAACAAUGCUGACGUGAAUGCAGUGGAAGAAAAACAAUGGACUGCUCUUCAUUUAGCAGCUCAAAAUGGUCAUAUGAACGCUGCAGAACUCUUGAUAUCAAACAAUGCUGACGUGAAUGCAGUGUUUGAAGGUGGAUGGACUGCUCUUCAUUUAGCAGCUCAAAAUGGCCAUAAGAACGUUGCAGAACUCUUGAUAUCAAACAAUGCUGACGUGAAUGCAGUGUUUGAAGGUGGAUGGACUGCUCUUCAUUUAGCAGCUAAAAAUGGACACGAUCAGUUGAUCCAACUGUUGAUUGAAAAACUAGCCACUGUUAACAUUUGUACAAAUACCGGUAAAACUCCACUUCAUAUCGCAGCACUCAAAGGUCAUAAGAACGCUGCAGAACUCUUGAUAUCAAACAAUGCUGACGUGAAUGCAGUGUUUGAAGGUGGAUGGACUGCUCUUCAUUUAGCAGCUCAAAAUGGACACGAUCAGUUGAUCCAACUGUUGAUUAAAAAAAAAGCCACUGUUAACAUUUGUUCAAAUACCGGUAGAACUCCACUUCAUAUCGCAGCAUUCCAUGGUCAAAAGAACGCUGCAGAACUCUUGAUAUCAAACAAUGCUGACGUGAAUGCAGUGGAAGAAAAACAAUGCACUGCUCUUCAUUUAGCAGCUGAAAAUGGUCAUAAGAACGUUGCAGAACUCUUGAUAUCAAACAAUGCUGACGUGAAUGCAGUGCAAGAAAAUGGAUGGACUGCUCUUCAUUUAGCUGUUCAAAAUGGACACGAUCACUUGAUCCAAUUGUUGAUUUAAAAAAAAGCCACUGUUAACAUUUGUUCAAUAACCGGCAUAACUCCACUUCAUAUCGCAGCAUUCCAUGGUCAAAAGAACGCUGCAGAACUUUUGAUAUCAAACAAUGCUGACAUGAAUUCAGUGGAUAAAAAUCAAUUUACUGCUCUUGUUUAUGCAGCUCGAAAUCUUCACUACCAGUUGAUAAAACUGUUGAUUAUCAACGGUGCCACUUUUAAAUUUGAAUUGAUUUUUUGUAUUUCUUUUGCUUUUAUUUUUGUUUUUGUUUUAAUUUUUCUUCUCUUACUUUAGUCAAUUUAGCGGUCUUGUUUCAUAUGUGGCUUUGGAGAGAUUUGAACUCGUGACUUUGGCGUAAGAGGUACGGAUGCUAACCAAUACGCAAAGAUCACAUUAGUUCAAUCACCGGUAGAAUUCUGCUUCAUAGCGCAGCAUGGCAUGGUCAUAAAAAAUGUUACAGAUGUGAACAUGGUCGACGAAGACUGCAGUUGGCAGCUUGAAAUGGACAUGCUCAGGUUAUCGAACUAUUGAAUAACAAGGGACCAAACACCAGCUCUCGGGAUAUUAAUGGUAGAGCCAGGGCUCUACAUUUUCGAAGCUCUAAAGCCUGGCUGUACUUUUUCUCGCCUUGCUUUGCCCAUUUUCUUUCAAUGAAAGCAGCAUCGGUUUUAGAGUUGAAACGCAACCUCACCACAUUGACUUUCAAUUUAUUUCACCGACACUUUGUCACCU